AUGGAAACGUUGGGUUCUGGACAGUUUGGCACAGUUUAUAGGUCAGUUUUAUCUAAAAAGGUUUAAGAAGUCUUGAAAAAUAAUAUUUUUAAAUUUACUUUAAUGUAAAUUUAGUAUUUUAUUAGUUUUUGCAUUUUAAAAAAUUGUUUUUCAAAAGUUUUAGGGCUAACGGGACAUUUUUCAUCGUAUAACUUGUCACAGUUAACGUAAAAGCUAAAAUUUGAAUUUUUUAAAAUCUAGAGACUUUAGAACUUCAUAAUAACGUAUUUCCAAACUUUUACAACGCAUAAUUACAGAGUAAUCGACGAUUUGGACAGACAAUACGCAGUCAAAGCAAUAUGUGAAACUGGAGACGAAAAGACUGAUUGGGGACUGUUAAAUGAGAUCGAUAUACUUAAAGUAGGUAAAAUUACAUUCGUUAUAUUAGUCUAUACGUAUUUUACAAUAUUUUACCUUUUGGUUUAUUUUCGACUGCUUUUUCUAUAUUAGCCAUGAUGUUAUCUACCAAGUUUAAUAUAAAAAGCGUCAUAAAAUUUAAAGUACAAUGCUUAGAAAUGUGAAAGUCCGUACAUAGUGACAUUUCACGGUGUGUCACGGGAAGAAGGUGAGUGGUUGAUCAGAUUAGAGCUAAUGGAUGGGUUAUCACUCGAUUUAUAUGGCCAAAUACCAGCAAAAGUAUUGGCUCCAGUGGCGGUUUCUGUUAUUGCCGGACUGGAUUACCUCUGGACUAUGGAAGUCAUGCAUAGAGGUAGGAUUUUAAAACCUUUUGACUUAUAUUGAGUAUUACCUUUGAGGUAUAUUUUGUUUUGGCACACUUGUGCCCAGCUAGCUAUAUUAACCAUGGUGAUUUAGAUGUAAAGCCGAGUAACUUUUUGGUAAACACAAAAGGAGAAGUCAAACUAUCAGAUUUUGGAGUAUCAAGACAGAUGAUUCUAUCAGCAGUAUAUUCUGUAGUUGGUACUAACAAGUACCUGGCUCCAGAAAGGAUUGCUUGCGAAAGCUAUAAGUAGGUACUAUAGUAUCAUAUAAUUGGAAGAAUUAAAAUUUUAGAUUAAAAAAGUAAAUUUAUAAAUAUAAAAAUGACUUUUCUUAACAUAAAACUUCAUAAAACUGCCGAAAGCACCCAAUUUUUUCUUUAAAACUUUCCGUAUAAAAUGUCACUCGCAGUUCGCAGCCUUUCGGACGCGGCUUGGGGACAUAAUAUUGUUGUAUUUUUUACGUUUCUUUACAGAAAAUGUUCGGACGUAUGGAGUUUGGGUUUAUCGUUGGCCGAAAUGGCGUUAGGAAGGUUUCCAUUCGAUCAAACUACUUGGACACAAGUGAUUCGUAAUGAAAUACAGCCAAAUAUGGGGUUAGAGACGAUUUCCGAAGCUUUAAACGACUUGGUUUUGAAAUGGUACUGAUAAAUCGCAUUUGAUAUAGUUUUAAAAUGUAUUUUAGUUUGAUUUUUAACCAACACGAACGAAUUCAAGCUGGGCAUUUGGUGAAACACUCGUAUUUUCAAGAUAAUUCACCUCCAAAUCGAGAUCUAGUGGCUCAGUUUAUCAAAGACAAUAUAUAUCGCGUGAAAGAACGAAUAUACUCUUGA